CUACUCGCAUCCAUACAACCAACCCUUGGCCUCACGAAUUUUUUUUUUUUAAAAUAAAAAAUAAAAAGUUAAAAAAGACUUAACAAAAAGAUAAAAAACAUGAAUCCCUGCAAAAUCAAACCACACGGUUAAUUCUGUGGGUUUCACUAAUUAAAAACAAAGCUUUAUUUCUUCAGGUUUUGUUGCAAAUUAAAUUUUCAAAUGGUUACAAGUUUCAUAACAAAAUCAAUACCGCAAAAUUAUGAUUUGAGAUGUGACAUGUUCUAAUAGAUUUUUCAUAGAUUUAAAUUUUUGUUUUGGACAACUUUAGUUCGUGACUUAAUUUAAGUCUCUAGUGACCUUGAACACUGGACAAGGGACGAUGUGAGCAAAUUAAGUUUUAUCUUCGAAUUAUUUGACUCUUUAACACUUCAUGAGGGGAGGGAAAAUAAUUUUAAAACAAUGACACUGUGAUUCUCAAAUUCUCAAAGACUUCUUAACUAUCCAUUUGUUUCGGUGGAAAAUGUUUUCUGUAAAAACAAUUUUGGAAAAAUUUUCCAUAGAAAACUUUUUCCAUGUUUGGUUUCUUAAAAUUAAUGUCCUGAUAGUUGCAUUAGUGGUGAUGGUAGUGGCGGCGGUGGAGUGGAGGUGUUGGGGAUGGUGGUGCAAUGGUGGUGGUAAUAAUGAGGUAGAGAUGGUAGUGAUAAUGACUGUGGGGCGGAGAAGGUGGUGGCAACGACAGUAGUGAUGGUGGUAGCAGUGGAGACUAACGGUGUCCAUCCUGUUUCGAUAUUUCGUGUGCCUAAAACUCUAAGUGCUUUCAAGCCUGAUGCUUACAUGCCUCUGCUCAUGGGCUUGGGUCCAUACCAUCGUUUUCGGCCAGAGCUCUAUGAGAUGGAGAGGUAUAAGCUCGUUGCAGCAACUAAGGUUAGAAGUGAACACUUCCCAACCCGAGAAUUCCAAGAACUUGUCGAUACGUUGAAGGAGAAAGAAGACGAAAUCCGAUCACAUUACCACAUGUACUUGGACUAUGAUGGCAAUACACUAUUGUGGUUUAUGACCAUUGAUGGUUUGUUCUUGCUCGAGUUUCUUCAUACCUGCAUCAGCAAAAAAGAUAGACUUUCAUCAUCGUGGUCUAGGAAACCUAACUUGUUCGAGUCUGAAGGAAGUAAAUUUGCUGGCCACUCUAUUCUCCGCGACGUAGUGAUGCUUGAGAAUCAAAUUCCAAUCUUUCUUCUAGGCAAUAUCUUCGACUUCCUCGAUAUAGAUAAAAAUGAGUUGCUUUCUAUGGUGACGAGUUUUUGUAGUGAAGUUUCUCCGUUCAAAUUGAUCAAAAAAGAUCUCUCAUUAUCAGAAGUUUACAAGCAUGAUCAUUUGUUGAAACUUCUGUACAAUUGGAUUGUGAUGAAUGUGAAGGUGCCCAAGGAAGCCUGCCCUAUUAAUAUGCCAAGUGAAGCUCCGUACCCGGAGGAGGAAAUACUCCCGAAAGUCGAUGCAGGUUCGCAAGUUCUUUGCUCGCUUUUGAAGUUGUCAUCUAAUCUAAAUAUUCGUUUGGUGGGAAAAAUUACGAAACCCAUUAACAUGAUAGUAAAUUUGCCUUGGGCAACUGCAAAAAGUCUACCUGAGGUGUCAAGAAUGGCAACAAACCUCGACGAAGGCCUUAAAUCUGAAUGUGAUGUUUUGGGAGAGGACAUAAAAAAUCCCAUUGUAGAGGAAAUAAUGAUUCCUUCAGUGUCAGCCCUUUGUAAUGCCGGAGUGGAAUUUUGUCUCUCCAACGGUGAUAUUAGCAGCAUUAGGUUUGACAAGAAGAAAAAGAAGUUUUACCUCCCUCACCUCAAAUUGAAUGUCAACUCUGAAGUAAUCGUUAGAAACUUGGUUGCAUUUGAAGCUUCGAUAUCAGACUUCCUUGUUCUUGGACGAUACACUGAGCUAAUGAAUGGGAUAAUCGAUACCGCUGAGGACGCAAAAUUGCUUAAGAAAAAGGGAAUCAUCGAAUACAGUCUAAAAACUGACGCUGAGGUUGCCCAACUCUUUAAUGGGAUGACUAGAUCUAUUCGACCCUCAAAGGUGCCACAUAUUGAUAUCACCAUUGAAGAUGUCAACAAGUACUACUUUGGUACAAGGAAGGUUAAGGUAUAUAUGUGUAUGAAGAAGUAUGUGUAUGGUUCUUGGCAGAUUCUUACUCUUAUUGCUGCUGUGUUGGUCGUGUUGCUAAUGGGUAUGCAGUCAUUUUGCUCAGUUUAUAGUUGCCCACGCUUUUUUAACGUUAGCAAUGAUCUUGGUAAGUGAUGUACUAUAUCAAUAACGAGCAAAUCCAUGCUCUCUCUCUCUCUCUCUCUCCCUCGUUACUAAUAUUGUUACCAAAUAUGUUAGCUUUGAUGUGUUUUGCACUUCCGUUUACUUUGCUAGCCUUAGUCAUGUAAUGUUUCCUUGGUGAUCAGUAAAGUUUUUUGCCGAUCGUAAAAAGUAUGUGUGUAGUCUUGCUGUAAUUGUAAAUAAAUAAUGUUGUUUAAUUUAAUGUGAUGAGUGAGUUGUUAUUAGUAAUGAGAGGAUUUUACAAUAU